AUGUCCUACUUCAGGACUCCACAAACUCAUCCAGGUCCUCUGCCUUCUGGCCAAGGUGGGACUGCUUCUCCAGGCCUGUCCCUUGGCCUCUGUAGUCCUAUAGAGCCAGUGGUGGUGGCCUCUGGCGGAACAGGCCCACUGAGCCAGAAAGCUGAGCAGGUGGCACCUGCUGCCCAGGCCUGGGGCCCAGCCCUGGCAAUGCCACAAGCCAGGGGCUGCCCUGGGGGGACUAGCUGGGAGACACUACGGAAGGAAUACAGCCGAAACUGCCACAAAUUCCCGCAUGUGAGGCAGCCGGAGAGCUUGGGCUGGGACAAUGGCUACUCCAGAAGCAGAGCCCCCGACCUGGGUAGCCCCAGCAGGCCUAGGCCCCUGAUGCUGUGUGGGCUGUCACCAAGGGUUCUACCGGUACCCUCUGAGGCAGUGGGGAAGGAGGCCAGCUCCCAGCCUGACAUCUGCAUCCUCACCCUCGCUAUGAUGAUUGCUGGCAUCCCCACCGUGCCCGUCCCAGGCGUUCGGGAAGAGGACCUGAUCUGGGCUGCUCAAGCUUUUAUGAUGGCCCAUCCGGACCCAGAGGGUGCUGUGGAGGGGGCGCGGUGGGAGCAGGCACAUGCCCACACAGCCUCUGGGAAGAUGCCGCUAGUGAGAUCUAAGAGGGGCCAGCCUUCUGGCUCCUGCUUGUAGAUGGAUGAAAUAGCACCAGUUACGUA